AUGCGCGACGCCGCAAAGUCCGAGAUGGAUGCGGGCGGCGCGGCGGCGCCGCGGAGUGUCAUCAACAUCAGCAGCACCACAGGGACCCAUGGAAACGCGGGCCAGGCCAACUAUGCGGCGGCCAAGGCGGCGGUGGUCGGGCUCACCAAGACAGUGGCCAAGGAGUGGGGGCAGUUCAACAUCCGGGCCAACGCCAUCGCUUUUGGCCUGAUCGACACCCGCCUCACCCGCCCCAAGGAGGGCGGCGAGUCCAUCACGGUCGGCGGCCAGGCCGUCAAGCUGGGCAUCCCCGGCGCCGACAGCAUGCGCCAGCUGGCGGAGAUGGCGGCGCCGCUGCGCCGCAUCGGCAGCGCACGCGACGCAGCGGGGGCGGUGCUGUUUUUCGCGAGCGAGUGGAGCUCGUUCGUCACCGGGCAGGUGUUGGAGGUCAACGGGGGCACCUACAUGUGA